AUGGCACCCGUCCGUCGAUAUCUCCGAAUAACCAAGUACACUGUUUUAGAAUGUCGAAUAUACCUUGACAAUCCAUCUCUGGUGCACUCCUGGCUCCUGAACCCUCGCGAUCCCGUCCUACCUCGAGUCAUCGAAAGCGUCCGACCAUGGGUAUUACCCAAGCUGCGUGAAGAGAGAGAACGAAGCAAGAAGAAAUCAACGAAGAAGAAGGCAAUAAAAGAUUUCGUAGUUGGAGAUGGGUUUGAGGUGUCGUUAUUUCUGACCGAAACCAACACGCGACACUCCGUCCUAAAGAAACACAAGCAUUUCCACGACCGAAAUGCGCCGAAGCUACAGUCCAAUGCAAACAAGCUGAUUGGGGAGACAAAUGAGAACCCUGUUGAUCUCAAUUUGGAUGAGGAGUUCCAACCAAUUCUUCAGGAAGAUGACGAUGAAAGUGCGGUCAACCUCGACAGUAUCCCCCUGCCCCCAACAUCCAGUAGGACACGCUCGAAGCGACAUAGAAUCGUCACAGAUGGCGACGAUGAUCAGCUUGAACCCCUAGAAGUGGAGGAACCCAUCUCGGUGAUCGACAGCGAUUCUGAUACAGAUCAACCCCCCCAAAAGCGCCACAGAGGGGCGCAACCGGGCAAGGAAGCUGAGACCGAGGAUGAUGAUAAGAAAAAGAUGGCCAUGGAUGUUACGUACGAAGGCUUCGCAAUCUACGGCCGCGUGCUCUGUCUCGUGUCUAUGAGCUUUUCCUUGAUUAUGGAUAUCGCGAAACCAAAACUCGAGGAGGAACCUAUGCUCCGUGCUGGACUGGGCCUGCAGGGCUAG